AAAGUUUAGUUAUUUACAAUUUUGUGUUUAAAAAUGACAGAUUUGUUACAUUGAUGAGGCACGUAUUUCUCACAGCUACUGAAAACACAAAAAGAAAAGGAGGAAAAGGGGACAGAUACUAAAACUGAUUAAUAUAGAAAUGCUAUGCUUGGCCUACACAGUCAUGGAGAAGAGUCUGACUUGACAGAGGCCAAGCAGACAAUACUUGAAAAGCACUUCAUGCUUUCUUAUGCGAAAAAGGUUUAUGAUGCUUAUUUCAUACUCUAGCAGGACCUGCCGAUUCUGUCGCUGCAUUUGACUGCAGAAAACUUACCUCAUUUGUUGUGCAUGGGCAUACUUUUCAAUAACCCAACAUUUCUGAAUUAUAAAUACUUUUUAUUAGAUUUUUUUUUAUUAUAAAUACAUUGGUUUCAUUUUCUGAAUGUCUGAGAAGUAAAAUUUUAUCGUUUAAUUCUCAAGCCAUGAUCAUGUGAAUAUGCAUUUUUAGCUUUUGCACCUUUUUCUAUCAUGCUUUUUCUUCCACUCAACUUUCCACUAAUAUGCUUGAAAUAUGUCAGCUGCCUGCUUGACAACUGUCACAGUCAAAUUUUUUAAUGAUUGUGUAGUCUUUGAAAUUUUUUGAAGUUUCAUAAUUUUAUUCCAAUUCAUUGAGAUCCACCUGUAGUUUUGGAAGAUCUGCAUCGCAGAGAUUUUCUAAAUUCUCGGAAAAUGUAGAAGCAGAGCGAGGCAUCUUGAAGGGGUUUUCAGCUGUGAAAAUGGUUAAACUUAUUUGCUGGAAGUGUUUGUUCACAGUGGGAGCUUUUUAACUUCACAAAUGAGGAACUUAAAAGCACAGAGGAAGUUUACCAAUAAUUGCAGGCUAGAUUUCUCAAUGCAGCCUUGUUCUUUUAGGAUGUUGAACAGCAAAACUGAACAUGUCAUGCACGUCCCCCCAGAAAAUCAGUUUUGGUACCUAGAAACUGAAAAGGAGUUCUGUCUGUGCUGCUCGGAUUCCGUGUUACUUACUUCAUCUGUGUGUCACAGUGUGACAGAAACUGCUGACAGUGGACAUCUUUGCACAAGCUGUGAGUCAGUGGCUGCCUUCCCUUUGUCUGUGAGUCCUUCGAUGGCUGCUGACGACUAUAAUCCUGUCUCCCUGAGGCACAAGUCGAAGAAGAAGAACCGAGGGGGCAAUGGUACCAUGAGUAGAAGACGAAUCUCCGUCAAAGAGCUUGGUCAACCGGACCACCAGGGCUGGCUUUACAGAAAGAAGGAGACCAAGGGUUUCCUGGGAAUCAAAUGGAAGAAGUACUGGUUUGUCCUUAAGAAAACUGCACUCUACUGGUACACCAACCAGUUGGCGGAGAAAGCAGAGGGCUACAUUGACCUCGCAAACUUCGUGAUAGAUGUAGCCAUCGAGUGCAAGAAGAAGCAUGCAUUCAAAGCCUGCCAUCCUCAGGUCAUGAUGUUUUAUUUUGCUGCUGAGAACCACGAGGACAUGAAUCUCUGGUUGAACAAGCUUGGGCUGGCCUCCAUUAAUUAUGAACAAACAGAUCAAACCACAGCAGCUGAGUGUUACAGUGAAGCCAGCGAUCACGAAGAAGCAGAGAGCACAGAGAUCCCCCCUCCGCCAUACUCGGAGCAGACCCUACGGGACUCUGUGGAUGCAUCUAAUCCACCUGGGAGCACACAUCAGGGUACUGUACCACCACCAUAUUCUUCCACAGCUCCUGCAGUAGCCAGCGAUUCGCUCUCCUCCCCCGUCAGUACGAUGACGUCGCAGAGCUCCGCCUCUUCACUCGCUAAGCAACGGCAGUCCUGGAUGGACCUUGUCUCACAGGCGUCCUCUACUCCAGCCGGGGAGACAGCAGUGGUGUGCUCGGUCCAGGUUCACACUCAACGACCGCCACAAGGGAGAACAGAAGUGGGAGCAGUGUCGGACAGCUCGGUUCCUAAGAGCUCCACAGACUCAAAUGGGUCCAACAAAGAGAACCCAGCAGCUCAUGGGGAGGAGCAGAGGGAUGUUUUAGGUCCUCAAAGUGCAGGCAGUCGUGGGAAUAGCUCUGAUGAGAUGGAAAAGCUGUACAUUCAUCUAAAGGAGGCCAGCCUUUCACCAAUAGGGGAUCGGAAACCAUCCACAAAAAGGGAAUUCAGGGCUUCUUUUGUUAAACGCUGUAAAAACCAGACCGUUAACGAUAAGCUACACCAUAUCAGGGCACUCAAUAGCACGCUAAAGUCUAAGGAAGCGGACUUGCAGGCAAUAGAGCAGGUGCUGUGUGACCCGGAGCUUACCUCAGACAAGUUCAGAGAGUGGAAGGAAGCCAACGCACCACUGAUGGUGGAGAUCUGCGUCAAAGACGACCAGAAGGGGGCGCCAGAGGCUGUGACAGCUGCAGCAUCAGUCACCGCUGCCCCUGUUGCAGAGACCAGUUUAUAAGAAGUCCUCCUGACUUAGUUUACUGUGUUUGGACUUGGACCUCAUGAUUACAUACACUCACUGCUGUGAUUUAGUCAGAUGACACUUCAGUUCCAUGUAAACGCAUAUUUAACUGCUGUUUAACAUGCAUCUGUAGAGUGUUUUUUUUGUUUUGUUUUGUUUUUUUCUGUUUUAGGUUUCAUAUUGACUUGGAAACAUGAGCAAUACACAUGAAAAUGUGA